UCCAGUUCCUGGGCGGACCCCACACACAGCUGGAUUUGAAACAGCUGGAUCCGCCUUCCCUGUAAGUUUAGCCAGAAACUCCACAAAACCAGGAGUCUUGGGUUGAUAGGAAAAACACAGGAGACUGGUCAGACUGGUGGAGGAUGAAUUGAUCCAAACUGUGAAGCUGGAUUUCCAGUUGCUGGCAGAAAAUGGAUUACUGGAAGAGACUGGGUCUGAUUUCCCUACUGCUGCUAUCCUUCUCAUGUUAUGCCUGGACACGAAGGAAUCUGAAGACCAACUUGUGUAAGUGGUGUGACUACACAAUCCCAGUGUGUGAAGACAAGGUAUGCUACAGCAACUGCAAUUUGAACUCCUACUGUGAGAAUCCAUAUGAAAUCUGUGUGGCUAUAUGGAGACAAGACAAUGAGAGCAUCAGCAUCAGCACUCUCUGCCACAACCCACAGCUUCCCAUAGAAAACAUCAUGGUUCCCAAUUACAACACCUCCAGGUGCAUCAUGACCCACCUGCCAAGGGAGGACGGAGCAUUCUACAUCUGCGGCUGUGUAGACGAACAGGAAUGCAACGACAAGCUCAUCUUUGAAAAUCACACCAAUGGAUAUUCCAUGCAACAGAGCAAAGAGGUCAUCCCCGUGGCUGCAAUAAGCCUGCUCCCUCCUCUGCUAGUGGCUGUCAUGAUAACAGUUAUAUUUUACCUCUGCCGCACCCAAAAGCAGAGGAAGAGAGCCAAGGACUGGAGCCAGAAACACACACAACACCGGGCCUUGCCCGAGUCAGGGAAAGCUGCCGAGCAUGAUGAGAAGUUGUCGGUGAUGAUAGACGACAAUCACUCCCACAUGAGCUCAACCUGUGCCAACAGCAUCAAUCACAACACGGAGCUGCUCCCCAUCGAGUUGGACGAGAUGGUGGGGAAAGGCCAGUUUGCAGAGGUCUGGAGGGCCAAGUUGAAUCAUGCCAGCUCAGGGCAAUACGAGACAGUGGCUGUUAAGAUUUUCCCUUGUGAGGAAUAUUCUUCCUGGAAAAAUGAGAGCCAGAUCUUCACAGACACCAGCCUCAAGCACGAAAGUGUCCUUCAGUUCCUCACGGCAGAGGACAGAGGGUCUGGCCCGCGGAAGGAAUACUGGCUCAUCACUGCUUACCACAGCAGAGGGAACCUGAAGGACUACCUGUCCCGGCACAUACUGAGCUGGAUGGACUUACAAAAGAUGGCAGGCUCCCUUGUGAACGGCGUGGCUCAUCUGCACAGUGACUACACUGUGUGUGGCAGGCCAAAGAUCCCCAUUGCCCACCGGGAUAUCAAAAGCACCAACAUCCUGGUUAAGAACGAAUGUGAAUGCGUGCUCUGCGAUUUUGGCAUCGCCCUCCGACUCGACCCUUCCUUAACAGCGGACGACUUUGCCAACAGCGGACAGGUUGGCACUGCCAGGUACAUGGCUCCAGAAGUUCUAGAGUCUAGAGUGAAUCUGGAAGAUUUGGAGUCCUUCAAACAAAUGGAUGUCUACUCGAUGGCCUUGGUUUUGUGGGAAAUGGCCUCCAGGUGCGAGGUGGUAGGAGAGGUAAAGAGUUACGAGCUGCCUUUUGGGUCAAAAGUCCAGGAGCAACCCUGCGUGGAUACCAUGAGAGACAUUGUGCUGCAUGGCAGAGGACGCCCAGAAAUACCUAGUAACUGGCUUGUGCAUCAGGGAAUGCACUUUCUGUGCGACACCAUCACAGAGUGCUGGGAUCACGACCCCGAGGCUCGGCUCACCGCCCACUGUGUAGCUGAGCGGUUCAACUUGAUGGCGCAGAUGGACUGCGAUGACAUCCUCAACAACAACAUGGACAACGAGGCUGGCAAAACAGUUUGCCCCAGCAGCGAACGCCAAGCCAGUGAUGAGAACAGAAACAGCCAGUGACAGAGAGAGGCCUUCUACCAAAAUGAACAGGAGGAUAAAAGGCAAUCAUGUGGCUCUUUCAUAAAAGGCUGGAGUUCAUUUUCUUAAAAUGAACUUAAGAGCUGAGAUGUAACUUAUUUAUGAGACCAUUCACUGCAGGGGCACAACGCAAAGUGCUGUGGGCUCUAUACUUUGGCUGAAGUGCAACCUUGUAUAUGAAUAUAUUUUGUACUUGAGUGUAUAAUAAUGUAAGAUGUUUUCUUUACUAUUUUUAAAAAUGUUUCACCCUUUAUUAAUAAGUACCUGAAUCCCACGA